AUGGCUACAUGCGAUUAUACCGUUUCGCAGCACCAUGGGAUCGUCUCUCCUACCAGGCGGACUCAUCUUCCAAUCAAUGUAGCAGGCAAUAUACCCAAUUAUAAGCGCUUCAACGAGGAACCUGUGAUCAAGUUGUGUGAAAUCACUCUAGGAAUACGCGAUGUAUCCCUCCAGCUCAAGAUCCCUCAUUAUGAUAUUGUCCCCAUCAAUUCAGCGUCCCCAUCUGCUGUGAUCUAUUCGCACGCAAAUUUCAAGGCUUCCAUCCAGCCAGAGAAAGCUGGAGACACCAAAGACUUUUAUGAGAGAUGCUUUGCUGAAGCUGCAGCAAUUAACCUGUUCUUCCCCGACGUGCGAUCGGAAAGCAUCCGCAUAUGCAUGACUGCGUGGCUAGCUGCAAACUGCGCGGCGGAUGACAUACUUGAGACCAUGCCCCCUGCUGCUGCCACAAUCGCUCUGAAAGAAGCAAUAUUGAAGCUCCAAGGAAAGAAGGCAAAUGUCUCUCGAACAAACAAGGUGGCGUCAAUCCUUUGCUUCUUCCAAGAAUAUUGCAUCCAGCAACUUGACCUCAGUGAAAGUACUGCACGGGAACUCGGCAAUGAUAUAUGCGAUAUGUGUGGGGGCUUGCUUGACGAGCUCCUAUUCCGACAAGGUAUACUUGCCAACAACCUCGCAACUUAUUUGCAGUUCCGCGGUAGGACAAUGGGAAUUCACCCAUUUUUCACUCUUAUCCGAACACUACACGAACCAAUCGAAGGUCAAUAUCUUAUCGGCCUCCGAGAGCUCCAGAAAAGUGUUAGUUUGGUCCUCGGGCUGCAAAAUGACCUUGUUGGCUUAGAGAAAGAUCGUCGAAAUGGCGAGACCAUGAAUGCAGUGUUGGUAUCCUUAGAAGAACAAGCGGGGAUGGAUAUGGAUCACAUGGAUAUGAUAUUGCCAAGGACUAUUCAACAGGUGUGCGAUAUCCACAAUCUUUGCCUCUCAGCUGCAGUGGAUAUGCAUGAAGGGCUCCAUGUUUCACUAAACGGGGAUUCGCACGAUCCGAUUCUUGAGACUGCAGUUCUGGCCUUUGCGGAAACCCAUCUGAAAUGGUGUGCGUCAUCUAAGCGAUAUCAGGCAAAGGUAGAAUAG